AUGUAUAAAUAUUGUCUUACAUUUCUAUUAUUCUGGCUAGGCUAUACUGCACCAGGCCAACUUACUUGUGAUUCAACUAAUUUCCCAACAGAAAUUUCAUGUAAAACCUCAGGCUAUUGCAAAUGGACAACAACGUGUGUCCCUUAUACCAUGCCAACUGAGUGCUAUAAAAUUAAUGAAAUUGGAGCUUGUCGUUCUGGUGGUGUUUAUGCAACACCAACACCAACAAAUUGCUACCAAAUUAAUUCUUUGAAUGUACAAUAUGAAAAUGUGUGCACUCCUAAUAGCGAUAAUAAAAUUGAUUAUAACUAUGUUAGAUUCCCCAUUUCCAAUACCGGAUUAGCUACUCAUUCACUUACAGGAAUAACAGUGGCAGAUUUAUAAACCAAAACUUUACAAGCAGACUAUUUAUAUUAAGUAUUCACAGUCAACAUACAAUUGGCCACAAACGCUUAAUUAAAUGACAUCUUGGAUUUAUAUGUUAUUUAUGAUGAGGAACUUGUUAAAACUACAACUCAUCCAUAUUAUAUUGAAAAAGCAUUAUUCUAAACAAUCUAAAAUAUUAGAGUAAAGAAUUAUAUUUAGUUUAGGAUGAUACAACAAUAACCCCUACCUUAAGAGGUGCAACAUUAGUUAAGUUUUGGUAAUUGGCUGACAUUUUCUUGUAUAGAGUCAGAACCUUUAGCAAACAUUACCAGACUAAUUAUUAUAUUUUAAAUUUUGCUUAAACCACCUUUUCGAGAUUGUACCUAACUAUUAAUGGUUAAGAACAUACAACAACAUUUUCAUGGACAUCUUACACAAAAAAUGGAUAUGUUUAAGUGAUUUCCUAUCCCGGUACUUAAUUUGGUAUACCAACAACUGCACUAAGUGAUGUAUACUAUGUUAAAAUUAUUGAUGACUCACAACCACUAACAUCAACAACAGCACCUACACCAUUUACUGGUUUAUCUUUGACUGUAACUUAUAUUUAGAGUGGUACAAAGUCAGUGCUUUCUACUUACAAAUUAGUAAAAAUAGAUGAUAAAGCUGCUGGAACAUAUACAUUUUUAAAUGCAGCAGCUAUACCUACUGAACCCACCAAAACUGAUCAAGCCUCAAAAAAAUUAGGUUAUCUUUUAUCAGGUGCAUCCGAAUACCUAUUUUAUAUAAGUGGAGUAGUUUGAU